AUGUUGUUACUGCGCCCUGUCCUGAGGCCGCUUUGUGAGUACCAGGCAUCGCCCGUUGCACCCACGACAUACACAUACACCACCCAAGCUUCCAUCAGCAUCAACUUCACAUACAACAAGAUCAAGAUCAAGAACAACAUCACCAGCAACAUGAGCCAUAUCUUCGACACCAGCGCCAUACUCGCAGCUAUGCCUCCUCCAAAUCAUCCAAACGGCCCUACCCCAACCGACCCACCCAACAGUUAG